AUGGCGACUCAAAUGAUAAAGCGAAAGCCAGUGUUCGUGAAGGCCGAUGAGCUGAAACCAGGAACGAAUGGUCACACUCUGACAGUGAAGGUGGUUAGCUCUUCACCGGUGAAGACCGUCCCCAGCCGCGGUGUUCGAUCGUCGGUGAUUGCUUCUCGCCCCACUCGUAUCGCUGAAUGCAUCGUUGGAGACGAAACUGCAGUUAUAAUCUUCACCGCUCGCAAUGAACAGGUGGACCUCAUGAAACCAGGUGCAACUUUAAUUCUGCGUAAUGCCAAGAUUGACAUGUUCAAGGGUUCUAUGAGGCUGGCAGUUGAUAGGUGGGGGCGUAUAGAGGUCACAGAACCUGCAAAUUUUGAAGUUAGAGAAGAUAACAAUCUUUCAUUAGUUGAAUAUGAGUUGGUCACUGUCACCCGAGAGUGA